CUGAUCGACUAUGCACUUCCUGCCCAGCCUCCACGGCCGCACGCCGUGAAAAAAAAUUCCAUCUGCCGUGAAGUUCCAGACCCCGCCGCUUCCGUUCGACGUGAAGUUCCAGUCGCCGCGUCCGUUGUUCUAGCCCCGCCACCACGCGCCGUGAACAUAGCUUUCAUCUACCGCAAAGUUCCAAACCCUGCUUCCGUUCACCUUGAAUUUUCAAUCGCCGCCUCCGUCUUUCCAGCCCCGCCUCUGCGCGGUGUGAACACGUUCGAUCCCAGCCCUUGCUUCUGUCCGUCAGUGAAGUUUCAACCCCCACUUCAGUCCGGAGUGAAGUUCCAGUCCCCGCCCUUGUUGAACACUUGUCUUUCCUUCCGCCUCCGCCACAGACCGUCGACACAGAGACCUCUGCCGUAA